UUUGACUUCAAACUCCUUGCUGAAUAUAUCCAUUCCUCUCAUUUCAGGUAUCGGAUUCCUUUUCAAUACGUUCUAGAAAAAAGUUCAACUAAAAUUCCUUUUCUCAAUCCGAUUCGUCCUUUGGUCUGUCUCUCUUUUAAAGAGAGAAGUAAAAUGGUAAUAGACUCAUCAGACGUUGAUACAACAACAAAUUCAAGCUCGAUGAGCAGUGAAAGUUGCAGUAGUUUUAGUCGUCUCUCUUUCGAACUCCCAACUUCUAAAACUUCCCCAGAUAACCUAGCUCUCAAACCUCACCGUUCCUCCGACUUCGCUUACUCAGCAAUCCGCUCAGCAACUUCUGCCCGAAAAGCCGGCCUCACUUUCCGAGAUUUCGCUCUGCUCCGCCGCAUCGGGGCAGGAGAUAUCGGAACAGUCUAUCUCUGCCGUCUCAACCACUCUAAUAUGAUUGGUGGAGAUGAUGAACAGUGUUUGUAUGCGAUGAAGGUGGUGAAUAAAGAGGCAUUGGCUAUGAAGAAAAAAGUUCACAGAGCAGAAAUGGAGAAGAAGAUCUUGAAAAUGUUAGACCAUCCAUUUUUGCCUAGUCUUUACGCUGAAUUUGAAGCCUCCCAUUUCUCUUGUAUUGUCAUGGAGUUUUGUUCCGGUGGUGACUUGCAUUCUCUUAGACAUAAACAGCCUCACAAAAGAUUCUCUUUGACUUCUGCAAGGUUUUAUGCUGCGGAAGUUUUGGUGGCUCUAGAGUACCUUCACAUGCUGGGUAUAAUCUACAGAGACUUGAAACCCGAAAAUGUUUUAGUUAGAUCGGAUGGUCAUAUCAUGCUCUCAGAUUUUGACUUGUCUUUAUGCUCAGACGCCAUCCCAGCCGUUGAAUCUCCAUCCUAUUCUCCCGACCCAGCGUCUCCACAAUCCCAAACCUACACACGUCAACACUUUAGUAACAGCCCUACGCGCUUCUCUUGUUUUUUUAACCGGCUAUUCCGGUCUAGAAAGAUCCAAACAUUAACCCCUAACCGGCUCUUCGUUGCCGAGCCGGUCACCGCCCGGUCAUGCUCUUUUGUCGGAACUCACGAGUAUGUUUCUCCUGAGGUUGCGUCCGGUGGGUCCCAUGGUAACGCUGUUGACUGGUGGGCCUUUGGCAUUUUUAUCUACGAGAUGAUUUAUGGGCGGACACCAUUUGCUGCUCCAUCAAAUGAAAAUACACUGCGCAACAUAGUAAAGAAACCAUUGACGUUCCCGACCCACGUGCCUUCUUCGACAUUUGAGCUCCACGCGCGGGAGUUGAUUUCUGGUUUGUUGAACAAGGACCCUAAUAAUCGACUCGGAUCGAAACGUGGAGCUGCCGACGUCAAAACGCACCAGUUUUUCAAAGGUCUUAACUUUGCUCUUGUACGGUCGCUGACGCCUCCUGAUAUUCCGGGUCUUAGAAGGGCAAAGACGAUGCCGAUCCCUGAGAAAAAGAUUAAAAUACAAGCAACGGCAUUUGAUUACUUUUGAGUUGGACAGAGAAGAAUCAGCGGCGUUCUACGCCACGUCUUAGAGUCAACCCUUGCCAGAUUUUAUUACUGGCGGGUGAUAAAUGUGCAUAUUUUUUGAAGUUGUAUGCAUUUGAGACAUUAUAUAACUA